AUGGAAGCUGUAAUUGUUCAGGCCAAAGAGGCGCUUGGGGAGAAUGAUUGCAAGAAGGCGUUGAAACUGUUAAAGUUGUACAAGUCACAGGUUGACAAUGGUAGUUGCUCGGAUCCUGAGCUAUACAAAGUGUUUGCCGAUGCAUAUUUAGAGGAUGGUCAGCUAGACAAGGCGUAUCCGUGCCUGGUGAAGUCUUGUGAGCUCGAUCCUCAAGGGACCAAGACCGGCACUGACCAAUUCUUCACACUGGGGCAAGUUGUUGGUGGUCCUGACGGUAUACAACUUAUCAGCCAGGGUAUUGAGAAUGUCUCCAACGAAGGAGGCGAUAACUUGAACGGUGAGCAAGUGAACAAGAUAGUUGGUGGUCUGCUUUCAAUGAUUGAAAUUUGGAUGACAGAUCUUUGUAUGGAACCUGAAGCUGAGUCUCAAUGUGAGGAACUUAUCAAUAAAGCUCUUGAAAUAACUGAAAGAGGUAGUCCAGAUGUGUUGGCUACAUUGGGUUCUAUUAGAAUCUCUCAGCAAAAGUUUAAUGAAGCGUGUGAAGCUUUCAGUCUAGCCUGGGAACUGUUUGAGAAGAAGAAAGACGAAAUUAGUAACAACUUGGACUCUGAAAGCUCGGGGGCUAAUGAACUUGUAGAACUUUUGCAACCAUUACUUUCACUAGCAAAAAUGUGCAUUGAGGUAGGGUUAUAUGAAAUCGCUCUAAAAGUUAUCGGUGCUGUCAGAGAUAUUGAUGAGGACAACAUAGAAGGAUACUAUUUAGAAGGUUUCACAACUUACAUGAUAGCUAAAGUUGGUACAUUCCAGCAGCAGAAUCCAACUGUUGAGAUGAAACCUGAAACAAUUUAUGAGUUUAACCAGCACAUUCAAGAGAUAGCAUUAAACCUCGAAGAUGAGGUAGUCAAUGGUCUAAUACAAGAUGCUCGUAUAUCUCUAUCUUUUGCAGUAAAAAUUGGUGAAGCUAGCGAUCCAAAUGAUGAAGUUGUUAGUGAGAUUGUUGCUGGUGCAAAUAGCGUAUUGCAGGAAAUAGGCGGAGAAGUCGAUGCUAAAAUACUGAUGAAGAUCAAGAAAGGUGAACCUCUGGAGGACAUCGAAGCUAACCUUGAUGAUGAAUUUGAAAGUGACAACGAUAUAUGA